CAUUGCUUCUGCGAGGAUGGAUGGAGUAGCAGCAACGUUUCGUGCUUGAUUCCAAGUUAAGGCUUUUUGCGCAAAGGCUAACCGUGCGUUGAUGAAAGUUUGAGUUGUUGUGGUCGAUAAAUACGACCAACCUAACGGAUUAUUGCAUCGUAUUUCACUGCAUCUUGGAGAAUGAACGGAGCAGCAGCUUUGGUUCUUAUGCUGUCAGCAAUGGCAGCCUUCUUUGCUGGUGUGGAGAAUGAGGCGAGGGUGUGUUACUUCGGUCCCCCGCCGGAACCUGAUCCUGAUAAUCCGGAUGACUGGAUGAAGCAAGUCAUGCAACAGAUACGGGAGCAAUGCCCGGGAAGGAGGCAACCAACCCCAUCUGGUCAUACUACGAUUGGAAAGGAACCUACCCCGGCUGGUCAUACUACCACGGGAAUGGGACUUACCUCAGCUGGUCACACUACCAUGGGGAAGGAACCUACCCCAGCUGGUCAUUCUACCCCAGCUGGUCAUUCUACCAUAGGAAUGGAACCUACCCCAGCUGCUGAGUGUUCGAGUCCAGAGCCACUCGGCAUGGAGGACGGGACAAUCCCUGAUGAUCGCAUCACGGCGUCGUCCUGCCCCAGUAGUGGUUUUUUCCCGGCCAAGGAGGGACGGCUCAACAACGAUUUCGCAUGGCUAUACAGGAAUAACGACACCAAUCCCUGGAUCGAGGUUGACCUCGUCGAACGUACAGUGGUGUCUGGGGUGAUCACACAAGGCUACGGGUAUUGGUACGUGACGGAGUACCAGGUGGCAUAUAAGAAGCAGCCCUCAGCUGGGUAUGAAAAAGUGACCGAUGGAAACGGAAACAUCACGGUGUUCAUUGGUAACAUUGAUGCCGACAUCCCGGUCACUAACCUGUUUAAUGACAGUGUGGUGGCGACGGUAGUGCGCAUUGUGCCUACUGCCUGGCAGACUGGUGUUGCCGUGAAAUUGGAGUUGCUUGGAUGUCGCCGUAAUUAA